UUGUUUUAGUAUCGGGGUUAGUUUGAUUUGAGAAAUAUUUUGCGAGUGCACUGGCCGACGGCCUGUAUAGGUCCGGUAUACAGUGCGUUUGCUGAUAUUUCCUUAUCAUGGAGGGAAAUCAGGAGGAGGAUUGUUGGAGUAUGGAGGACUUAGAUGAGGAUGAUGGUAGUUGGCGAAUUAGGAGGGUGCUUAAAGCUAAGAGGUUGAGGGAAAACAAGGAGAAGGAGGAGAAAUGGAAUGUUGUGAGGUUUGAUGAGGAUGGAGGAGUUAAGAGUAUAGACCCGAUAAAUUUGACAAAGAUAAUUAAGAAUCAGGUGGGAGAAGUGAAAUAUGCUAGAAUUUUGAGUGAUGGAAAUUUGUUGAUUGGAUGUGUCUCUGAAGAGCAGGUUGGAAGGGCUGAAAAAUUGCAAACAGUUGGAAAAACAAAAGUAGUGAAGAGUGUGAAAGUUGGUGAUCAAGGAAGUAAAGGGGUGAUUUAUGGGAUUCCUUUAUCAGUGGAUAUGAAGGAGCUAGUUAAGAAUAUCAAAGAAAAGUGUGAUGCUGUUCAAAGUGCCAAGCGUUUGACAAGGGGGUUUGAGAAAACGGAAACUGAGUCAGUUGUAAUUCAGUUUAGUACUAAAGAGUUGCCCCUGGUUCUUUACUUUGGGUAUAUGAGAUAUAAUGUGAGAGAGUUUACUCAUAAACCAAUGAGAUGCUUUAAUUGUCAAUUUGCUUUUGUUGUUCAGGGUUGGAAUAUCCAAACCUUUAAAAGAACUUCUAAUUUUCUUAGUGUAUUUACAGUGGAGUUAUAUGCAAUAUUGAUGGCAGUGCAAUGGACUGAACAGAUUCAAACUCGUAAAGUGUUAAUAUGUAGUGAUUCUGUAUCAGCUAUCAAUAGUUUAGGGAAAGGGUUAUCAAAGAGCCGUCAAGACCUUAUAUAUGAGAUUCUACUGGCAAUAAGAGCUGUAAAAAGGAGGGGGGUAGAAAUGUCUUUUUUAUGGGUUCCAGCUCAUGUGGGCAUUAGGUCAAAUGAAAAGGCUGAUAAGUUAACCAAGAAAGCUGUGGAAAAGGAAGCUAUAGAUGUCCACAUAAAUCUGUCUAAGUCAGAAGGCAAAAGUAUUGUGUGGCAGGAAAUUAUUUUAAAAUGGCAACAGCUUUGGGAACAAGAAAACCAAGGGAGGCCCCUCUUUUCUAUAUCUAGUAGGGUCAGGACUCAGUUAAUGUUUCUAAAAAGGGGAUGAGACGUAAGGAGGAAAUUAUUAUUGCAAGAUUGAGAAUAGGACAUACAUUUCUGAACAGUACUCUCUUU